AAAACGUGAAAUUUUCAGUACAAAUUUGUUUUACUUAGUUCCAUAAAAAUGUGGGAGGAUUCACUUGCUACACUUUAUCAUGUGGAAAUACUAACGGUGCAAUGGGCGCAAAAUGUUUUAAUGCCAGUAGAACCGGCACUCCUGCUGCUCAGCGAACACUUGAAACCAGCGAAGUUAAUAGAUAUUUAUGUGCCAUUCGUGGGUGCAUUUAGCCAUCAGCUAUUGGUGCGUUUGGUUGGCGCAUUAGGUGUCAUCAAUGUGCUCUCCUCGCUAAUCAAAUGGUCUUUUCCAGCGAGUCGGCCCUACUGGUGGAUACGUGAAUACAAUGAGACAAUCCCAUUACAGCAAUACCGUGGCACAUGCGAAACUACGGCAGCCUUUCCUUCGAGUUAUUGCCUUUCAUUCACCAUAUUCAUUUAUUUACUGAUACUGUACUUCUUGCCCGCUUGUUGGAACCACCUGAAGUGGCCUAUGCGUCAUCUGAGCGCCAUUUGUAGGGCCGGAGUCAUACUAGCAGCCACUUGCAUGGCUUUCAGUCGCAUUUAUUUGGGUGCGCAAUUUCCACAUCAAUGCCUUGCGUCAUGCUUUGCGGCCAUAGCUGCUCUGCAUACAUUCGAUGAGUAUCCUGACAGGUUCUAUACUCUAAAUCGCUUCAAGGCAGUGUUGAUUGUUUUCUGCUUGAGCCUACUGCCAGUGAUAAUCUACUUUGGCAUGUUGCGGCUGGAUUUGGAUCCGCAUUGGUCGGUGCGAAUGGCUUUCAAGUGGUGUGUGGAUCCAGCACAAAUGCGUCACGAGGAGAGUUCAAUUUUUGUGCUCGGUCGUGACUUGGGAUAUCUAAUGGGUGUAGUACUCUCAGCGCCUCUCUACAAAAGCUACGGAAAAAAAACUGUUAUCGGCAAGCGCUUACCAUUACUGCUCAUCUUUGAAGUACUCAAUUAUUAUGCGCGUCUGGAGACGCCGAAAAGUCACGGUCGUGUUGCAUUUGUCACAUACGAAUUUUUGCGAAAUGCUAUGCAUUCAUUCACACUUUUAACAAUUUUACCAAAAAUAGCAACAUAG